CCAUUUCUGUGUAAUGUGUGUCUGGGGUCGCCUGUAUCGGUUGUAGAUUUAGCUAGCAUAUACCCGACGUUAAUAGCGUUACUAAACGAGCUACACUGGAAAUCGCCACGAUUCUUUUUCUGCACGAUACAGUUAACUGGAAAAUUAGCCGAGGAGAACUAGCGACGGCAACAUUAGCCAACUUGGCUAACUAAUCGUUCACAGAUAAAAAGCAAAAUAUACUUAGGUUACACUUCUAUGUAGUUGUUCAUUGGGCAUCAUGUAGCGCGUAUAAGAUUGGAAAUUAAUUUCAUGGGUGCAACAGUCUACACAUUGGUAUCUUCAGCGUUAAUGUUUUAUAUUUAGCUACCGAGCUGACGGUAAGUUAGUUUGCUAAGGUUAGCCCGCUAAACGGCAGGCUAGGUCAAGUAACGUUUGCUUGGAAGUUGAUCCAUGCUAACAUGUAGCCUUUGCCCGCUUCAUAAACCAACUGUGUUCUUUCUCCUAAACAUGUCGCUGGAUUGUAAAUCGUGAACUUUAUGGCGUUAGUUCAUCUGCUGCAAACUAAUGUUAACUUGGCCAACGGCACGUGCAGCUGCAACAGACUCGAGCCUCGCUAGUUUAACAGCAUCCUCGUGCCUCCAACUUUGUUGCAUUGAGCUCGCGGCAGCUGAUUAGCGGGGAUGUUGGGAUUUGAGCGAUUCUCAUCGGUGCCCACAUUCUGCUGCAGAGGAGAGAGCACCAGAAUGAGGAGACUGUAGGCACCCGCCGUAGUAUGGCCGCAUCCCGUUCCUCGCGUGUCACAAGGUCAUCAGUGGGGCUCAAUGGAUUGGAUGAGAACUUUUGUGGUCGAACCCUCAGGAACCGCAGCAUUGCCCAACCAGAGGAGACCUCUGUGUCUCCUCUACCAAGGGCCAGGUCGCCCAAGAAGAAGCAGGAGUCGAAGCAGGAUGCCAAGCAGGAGUCAAAGCAGGAUGCCAAGCAGGAGUCAAAGCAGGAUGCUAAGCAGGACAUUAGGCAGGAGUCGAAGCAGGACAUUAGGCAGGAGUCGAAGCAGGACAUUAGGCAGGAGUCGAAGCAGGACGCCAAGCAGGAGUCGAAACAGGACGCCAAGCAGGAGUCGAAACAGGACACCAAGCAGGAGUCGAAACAGGACAACAAACAGCAGUCGAAGCAGGAUGCUCCGCAAGAUGGUCAGCAGCAGACCUUAUUACAGGGCAAGGUAACUGAGUCAAAUACAUCACCAGCUGAGGUGGAACAAUGGACCAGCUCCAGGAAGCGGGGUUUAUCCUGCUUGGAAAAAGACAUUAGUCUUGAGAAGUCCGAGAACUGUGAUAGAGGAAAGGGGGCACGGGAUGCCUCUCCUCAAAUCAAAAGGGCAAAGCGGUGCUCCCGCUCUGGAGAGUCUCAGGGACACGAGGAGGAACCUGAGCUUCUGAAACCUGAAAGUCCAGUCUUUGUCCCAGAGUCUAACAAGGACAAAAAUUGUGAAGAACUUCCCAGCCAAAACUCUGCUAACUCUGCCUCACCUAUAAUCAAUAAAGAGGAAGGUGAACUGACGGAAGAAAAAGCAGGGGAUGGUCAUUUGGAGUGUGAUGGGGCUGCUCAGCCCCCUAAUGCUCACAAGGCCUCUAAUGGACUCAGAGAGAAUAAAGCAGAGGAACCUUGCACACUCUCUGAAGAGACUAGUGCAAAUCCUACCUCUGCCACAAACUGCCCGUCACUGCUCAAUGGCAGUCAGACAGGGGCUCCCUCAUCGCCUGACCCUGCUGUGCCUUGUAGAAACUCUGUCCCUGUGCAGAUGGAGGUCUCUGGCUCAGGAGAACUGUCAGCCUCAUCUGUGCAGACAUUUGAGGCUGCUUCAGAGGAUCCUGUACCUGAGUUGAUAGUGGCUAAGGAACAGGAGGUGCAGGAGGUGGAGGUUGACGUGGUGGGCGACCCUUUGUGUCUGGCUCAUGAGGAGCAGGUGACGGAAAGCGAGAGCGACACCAAUGGUCGGUCACUAACGCCGGUGCAGGAAGCUGCAGCCUCUGCCUCCACCUCCUGCAACACCACCAACAGGAACAAUAGUCCAAUCAACAACAAUAGCAACUCAGGAGAAACUACACCCCCACUAGCACCAACCCCCUCCCCAACAGAGCCAGAGUGCAACCCCCCAGUACCCAGCACACCCCCCACUUUUUCAGAGCUCUAUGAACACAGAUACACCCUGCGGACUUCACCGAGGAGGGCUGCCACUGGUGGCAAAUCCUCUUCCUCCAAGCCCAGCUCACCUCCUAGAGACAAUGGUCCUGUAAGGGAAGAGGGGGAGGUGGUGGUAGGGCUGGGGGAGGAGGAGGACUCCCCCAUGGUGGAGGAACAUGUUCCUUUGGACUCUUUGUGCCCCUCUAAUGAGGAGCCUGUCUCUGUGGAUUCUGGAGACAGGGUAGGUGGUGAGGACAGUGGACCCAUGGAGGUCCAGGAUACCAAGACCAAUAAGGAGGUGAUGUGCAGUCAGGCUGCUGAGGAAGAGGAGGAAGAAGAGGAGCCAGAUGUGUAUUACUUUGAGUCUGACCACCUGGCCCUUAAACACAACAAAGAUUAUCAGAGGUUGCUGCAGACCAUUGGAGUUCUUGAGGCUCAACGCACACAGGCCAUCCUGGACUUGGAGACUCUGGCACGACAACAGAGAGAGGCACUUGAAAGUCCCAUCAGCUUUGUGGAACAGCUACAGAAACGGGUGAAUUUGGGCUUGCCAUGUCCCCAGAGAGUGGUCCAGCUUCCUGAAAUUGCAUGGGAGCAGUACACCUCAGGCCUGGGUGACUUUGAAAGAGAGUUCUGUGACAAGAAACGAAAAACUAGGCGACUUAAAUUAAUCUUUGACAAAGGUUUGCCUGUUCGACCAAAAAGUCCAGUCGAGCCCAAGAAGGAAGGGGAGUCCUCCACCAUGUACUCUUCUCUGCCCACUAGUGAUGCUCCAGAGAAUGGCAGGCAGAUGCAGAUGAUCAGGGGGAGGAUUUGUCACCCAAACAAACCUGACACAUUUAACCAGCUGUGGACUGUGGAGGAACAGAAAAAACUGGAGCAGCUUCUUGUGAAGUUUCCUCCUGAGGAAGUGGAGUCCAGGAGAUGGCAGAAGAUCGCUGAUGAGCUCGGCAAUCGAACAGCAAAACAGGUUGCCAGUAGGGUUCAGAAGUAUUUCAUCAAACUGACAAAAGCUGGCAUCCCUGUCCCUGGAAGAACACCCAACCUGUGCAUGUACACUAAAAAGGCCUCUAGUAAAAGGCAGCAUCAUCUAAAUAAGCACCUGUACCGGCCAUCUACUUUCCUGACCUCCUAUGAGCCUCCAGUCUACAUGGAUGAAGACGACGAGCGCGCGGCAUACUACAGUGCUGCGCAGGACCCUUCUGCUGAUGAUUCGGACGAUGAGGGUGUACCUGUGGAGUUGAGAAAUUUGCCAGAGUACAAAGAGCUUUUGGAGCUGAAAAGGCUGAAAAAACAGAAGCUUCAGGAGAUCCAGGAAGAUAAGACGAGUGUACGGCACGUAGGCUACAAGUGUGAUGUCUGCGGCAUGGAGCCCAUCCAGGGAGUGAGGUGGCACUGUCAGGACUGUCCGCCGGACAACUCUGUUGACUUUUGUUCCAACUGUUCCGACUGCUUGUUCACAACAGAGACCCACAAACCUAACCAUCACUUGGAGCCGGUGAACCAGACACAGCCCUUCCUGGACAGAGACUACUGCCUGCCGCAGAGCACAGGGUACAACUACCUGGACCCUAACUACUUCCCAGCCAACAGAUGACAGGGUCCCAGGUACCCCUAGCUCCAGGCUCUCUCCACAUAUCCCACAGGCCACUCUGUGCAUGGCUCCAUCCUCCAAGUCCAAGAUAACCGCUUAACCCGCCAUCAGGCAGGAAGGCCAGCAGGCAGGCAGGCAGAUAGCCAGGGGCCUCAGAGAAGACCACAGUGCUGCUAGUGUGGGGGGGCUGUUGGUAACUGGCCUCCCUGACUUGAGCAAAAGGGCGGCCAUGUUGGUUCCUCAGAACACGAGGGGCCCAGCUCCACCUCAGCCAGGUUAAUCAACGGAUCUGUGAUUUGAACGAUACUAUUUUUAAAAACAAAACAAACAAAAAAAACAGAAGGCACACCAACAUUCCUGAGCUCUGUGACUCCAGGAGGGCUGUCCCUGUUCCCCUUACCUUCCCAUCUCCCUCCUGUUACCUCCCUGUGCUGCUUUCAAACUGGAGAAUUGACGAUCAGUCUGGUGAAGCGCCACCUAAUGGAGGUGUGUGUCAUAGUGGACUGUGAAGUCAUCAACUGAGAUACACAUAGGUGGUUUGUAUGUGUGUAUGUGGUCUCCGUGUUAUGCAAGAGUGAAAAAUGUGCUAGCUAGGUAUCCGUAGAUUGAGUAUUUAUGAGUCGCACUUCCUCAGCGGGAGUUGGGGCUGCUGCAACUGAAAUCAGGCAAGGCAGUGUUUUGACCAUGAGGCCGAUGCAUUUUUGGCUGCAGACAGACCCCCACAGCGUUCUGCAGACACGUCUGUAUGUGUUGCACCAUGUUUUCAGCAUGGAGCCAUCCUUACCACUGUCACACAGCGCUGCUUUCUACCCUUCAUCUGUCAAAAACACACACUGUUUUUUUUGUCCCUAUCAGUAUCUCUAUUCUUUCCACUAAACAUGUCUAACAAGCAAACACUACAGCACAGAGAGUUUUAAGGCAGACCUAGCAGGUGAAUGGGAACAAAUGGGAAAAUACACAAAAGUGUGCUUUUUUUUUCCUCUUCCCCCAGUGUGUGCCGCUGUUGAUCAUGUUGAGUAUAGAAGUGUAUGGUGAAAAGUAGCCAGCGCUAGUUGCUGUGUGCCAUUUUAAAAAAAAAAAAAAAAAAAGAAAUGUUUUUUUCCUUUAUCCUGUCCUUUGGUAAUUCCACCUCUGAACCCGGCCACAACUUCCUCCCUCCUUAUUGUGUCGCAUCACCGACCCAUAUUGUCCUACAUUAUUGAUCAGCUCAUCAUGCUUCUAGAUCCUCUUUAAUUUUGCAGUCCACUUGAAAGGUCCAUUUAAAAGAUUGUAUUUUUAUUAAUCUAUUUAAAGAAAAAACAAUUGAGGUAGUGGUUGGUGCCUCCACAGUGGAACAGCCCACACAAUUUUAUACACAUAGAUUUUGUUGUGCUUGAGUAGACACCAUUUUCUAUGGUUUUUGUCUCCUUCCCUCACCCCCUUUGCCCAGCUUCAGUAUCUGUGUAUAACAGUCUGUUCUUAUGUAAAAAAAAUACAAAAUAAUAAUGUAAAAAAAAAAAAA